AUGGAUACUGACGACUCGAGCAUGCACAAUGCCAAAGUCACAGACGAGAAGGUUGAGAACGUUGAGUCGGCUGACCAAGAGGAUCGACCCUACGAUGAUUCAGGGCCAAGAUCCAAGCUUGAAAAACGGCUACUUCUGAAGCAAGAUUUCAUCAUUUUACCAUUGCUAUCCAUCAUGUUUUUCUUUGCAUAUUUGGAUCGUGGUCAAAUCGGAAAUGCAAGACUCAUGGGACUUCAGGCGUCCUACAAAAUGAACAAUGGACAAUACUUCAAUGUUCUCAUGAUGUUCUAUGUUGGAUACAUGGUCGGAGAGUUUCCGUUUGCUCUCCUUCUCCGCGUGUCAAAACCGGCCUAUGUCUAUGGAUUCACAAUUAUUGCUUUCGGAUUGUUCGCCACGUGUUGUGUUGCAACAAGGUCUUAUGCUGCCUUAUUGGUGCUGAGAUUGCUUGUUGGCGUUGCAGAAGCUGCUGCACAGACUGCAUUCCUCUACCUUUCUCUUUGGUACAAACCCGACGAGCUGGCAAUGAGAACCGCCAUCUUCUAUGGUUCUACACCCUUAGCUGGCGCCUUUAGUGGACUCAUCUCAUAUGGAGUUCAGCGAAAUCUCGACGGUGUUCGAGGCCUUCUCAAUUGGCAAUGGCUUUUCGUAAUCGAAGGUAUCCCGACAAUGGCGUGGGGGAUCUUGGUGGCACUUGUAUGCCCAGCUUUCCCGGAAACAGUGGCAAAGAAUGGUAGCAUGUUUUUCAAGCGUGAGGAUGAGCGGAGACUCAUUCUACAGAGAACCAUCGCAGGACGGAACGUGGCUCAUGCUAAGAUUGAAGCAUUCCAGAUAUGGAUCGCUUUGAAAGACAUCAGGAUAUGGCUAGCAGGUCUAUAUGUCGCGGCACCAGCACUUUGUGUCGCUGCUUACGGCGCUUUCUUGCCAACAUUUAUUAAGGAAUUUGGCUUCGAUCCUUUGGCCACUCAACUCUACUCAAUCAUACCUUACGCCUUUGCUACAGUGACCCUUUUUAUUGCUUGUUGGGGUGCAGAUCACUUUAGGCAAAAAGGAUUAUUCCUGAUAGGAUGCCUUUCCAUCUCGGUGACAGGCUUCGUGCUGCUUCUAGCUACCACCAACACUGUCGCUCUAAUGGCGGGCGCUUGCUUUGUGGCAUCCGGAGCCUAUGCCGGCGUCAUUUUGGCAGCAACCUGGAACAUCGCCAACCACGGCGGCUACACAAAGAGAGCUGUGUCGGCUGCCAUAGUGCAGAUUUUCAUCCAGUGCUACAGCAUUAUCUCGACGCAAAUCUACAUUAAACCACCCCGCUUUUUCUUGGGCCAUGGCGUGUUACUUGCCCUGGUGACUGUGGGUCUUCUGGCCGCAGUUGCAAAUCUUUUUAUUAUUAAAAAGAGGAAUGCAGAACGAGAUGCCAGAGCUGCAGACUUCGAGAGGCGGGGCGAACUAGAUCCCGAUAUGGCAAAUAGCUACGAAGAGCUCUGCGACUACCAUCCAGGUUACCGGUAUGUGAUGUGA